UUGUUUUGUAACAUCUUUGGUUCUGAAAACAAGUUUGUGUUUAUAAUGCAUGUCAAACGUGAUUGCAGGGCUUUAUUGUUAUUGCAAAAUUAUCGAAAUAGGAAUGACUGUUGGUGAAUAUGUGAUAGAUUUGUGUAUGAUAAUGUGAAACUUCACACAUAGUCGUAAAUCAUGCGUUGUAUUCCAAUUAAUGGCCAGGUGGUUGUUCUUAUCUUGCUGUCACUCUUGCUGAAAGGUGUAAAGCAGUCGCAGACAGAUGAAGACGUGGCCAAAGACAAAACUCCUCAGGCACCAGAAAAGAAGGCAGAAGAUUGUCCAUCCAGUGUUGAAUGUACAAAAUUAGGUGGAGCUUGUAUUGACUGUGAACCAUUUGACUAUAAUUCCUGUAUUUAUGGAGAGAAAGUGAAUGUUACCUGCAGGCCAAAAGAAAAUGUUGAUUGCAUCAGUAAUAAUGCUGGCAACAAAAGCUUUGAGCGUACAAUGGUGUGCCAAUUUUGUUACCAGACAGAGCCGUGGGAGCAUAAGUGUACAUAUAAAGCCAACUGCAAAUCAGUUGGGUCACCUAGAUUUAAAUCGUACUACAGGACAAACUGCUCAGUGAAUAGUGAUAUAAUAUGUUUUGGGAACAGAAACUUUGAGAAGAAUGUUCCAUGUAACUGGACAGGAGGAUAUCGAUGGUCCACUGCUCUUCUGCUGAGCAUAACAUUGGGAGGAUUUGGAGCAGACAGGUUUUAUCUUGGUCAUUGGCAGGAAGGCAUUGGUAAAUUGUUCAGUUUUGGAGGACUUGGAGUAUGGACAUUGAUUGAUGUUAUUCUGAUAUCAUUACAUUACUUAGGUCCAGAUGAUGGUUCUCUCUAUAUAUAACACUUUCAGAUUGUAAUGCUGUCGGUGUUUGGGUGAAGAAUGCACAUUCGGUGCAUGCAGGCGGACCUAGAAGUUUCAUCAGGCUACAUUGUGAAGAAUUUAUUGAAACAGUAUUUUAAUACAGAAUAAUGAUUUAUUUGUACAUGUUAUAUUUUUUCCAUAACGAAUAAAUAUAAAAAUUUUGCCUUUUU